AUGCACUUCACAUCCAUUACCGCUGCAGCAGCAAUUGCAUUGGCACUGGUUGCCGGUGAUGCAAACGCACAUAUGGGCAAAGGUGUUCCUCAUAACUUCAAGGUCAGAGAAGUCAUCAAGCCAGGCAGUGGUAUCAUGACUGCUGCCAAGCGUGCUGCAACUGCCGCCGCUGCUGCACCUUCAAUCACAAACGAACAAUCAGAAGAGCAACUCAAGAGCCAAACAGAAGAAUGUGAAGCAUACAAUUACCCUGGUAUCUCAGACAUCAAAGCAAACUUCCCAACCGUUUGGCAAACAGCUGAAUUGGUUCAAGGUGACACACAAGCAUCACAAGUUUGGGAUUCCAUCCAAAAGAGUGGAAUCAUUCCAGCAGAUGUCAAACAAAAAGGUACAGGCGGUAAGGGUGAUUUCUCAUCAGUUACACCAACCUACCCUGCUUCUGAUCCUGACUGUUGGUACGAAUACCACAAAUGUGUUACACCUAAACAUAAAGGUUUGAAUCCUGACAUUUGGCAAUGCCCUGAACCUGAAACCUGGGGUUUAACGUUCGAUGACGGACCGAACUGCACCCACAACAAAUUUUACGAUUUCCUCAAGGAGAACAACCAAAAAGCAACUCUUUUCUAUAUUGGAUCCAACUUACUCGAUUGGCCUGCACAAGGUCAACGUGGUUUGUCUGACGGUCAUCAUAUCUGUGUUCAUACCUGGUCCCAUCAGUACAUGACCCAAUUGACCAACGAUCAAGUGUUUGCAGAAUUAUACUACACCGGAAAGGCAAUCAAGGAUAUUCUCGGUAUCACUGCUCGUUGCUGGCGUCCACCAUAUGGUGACGUUGACGAUCGUGUUCGUGCAAUCGCUCAAGGUUUGGGUAUGAGUACAAACGUUUGGAGUGACGAUACGGAAGAUUGGCAAAUUCAACCACAAGGUACAUUGCCAACAUCAGCAAUCGUUCAGAACUACAACUCAAUCAUCAAUCAAAACUAUGAUACUCACGGUAACAUCGUUUUGACCCAUGAAAUCAAUGCUGAUACGAUGAACGAAAUGAUGCAAAUGUACCCAACGAUCAAGAAGCAUUUCAAGAACAUCGUUCCAAUCACAGCAUGCAUGAACGAAACCAACCCAUACCCAGAAAGUAUCACUUUCCCAAACUUUGCUGAUUAUACCGCAGGAAAGAUUUCACCUGCCAAUAUUCCUGAUAUGAACAACUUCAAGAUUUCUUCUGCUACUUACAGUCCUCUUGCCGUUGCCACUCAAACAGGUUCGACCGUUGGCAGUAACGGUCAAUUAUCCACUGGACCAAAGAAGACAUCCGGUGCAAGCCCAACGGCUGCAUUGAACAACUGGACUGCAGUUUCUUGUGGUAUCUUUGCCAUUCUUGGAUUCCUUUUGGUUGCUUAA